CUAGGUAAUUAGCGGAUAACUUAUCAUCUAUACCUUCACUUAUACAAAAUCAUUCCUAAUCCUCCUCUCAUAUUUCCUUAUCAACUUAACGAUCCUAUACCUAAACCGACACCUAGAAUCAUGCCCUUUGUUUUUACCAAGUGGCGAUAAAUUUUUGAAGCCUUUUGGUUCCGUAUUCGCCAUCGCCUGUCGUCUCUUUCCAAGUAUAUCAGCUCCUAUUUCGUGAAGCAAACCCCCGAAGAGUCAUGAUACCCUCGUUAUGCAAGCUAUAGAUUAUGGGUAUUCACUGCUCACCGCAGAGCAACAUUUAUUAUCCCCCAACUCGACGGGACAUUCCUAUAGCGGUCAAUGUCAUCCUCAUAGAUGUCACUCUCAUAGCUGCAAAUCGGCCCCCGCCGAACAACGAUGGGAUGAGAACAAUCGAGAAUUCGAGGGUGGGCAUUGGCUGUUCUCUCCUAAACCGCACACAUUCCAUUCACGCCCAACCAUCUCCGGGGCCUCUUUCUCUUGCCAGGCGCGUCGGGCCCCCGAAGCUUGUAAAGAUCGGCCCCUUACGCCAGUCAGCCCGAACUCAGUCGGCUCUGAGGACCUCAAUAACCAAUGGGAACGUAGCGCGGACGACGAAUUAAUUUCAAAUUGGCUGUCGGGUGUUUCUUAUUCCCACUGUCCAAACCAUGAGACCAAUUUGACCGGGCAAAGUACCCCGGGUGCUUCUCCAGACGCUCCAGACUCAGGUGGUAAUGUAGAUGUAGGUCCAAGCUUCACUUGCCCAAGCAUCAUACUACAACCUCCCAGGCAAAAUCUAUCGACUGCGCAGUCCGGGACUGGCCUUGAUGGUCCACUUAGUUCUGAAAGCGACAAGCUUUCGAAAAUACUCCGGGGUGGGCUUAGUGAUUUAAAAGAGUCUAGCCGAAGUGCAGAUCUAUCCGGCGGCUCUCAGAAGCUCAAGUCUAAUACAUCUGGAUCUAUAGACUGGGAGAAAAUCGAUCCUUCCCCAGUUGAUAAUAAAAACAAUGAAGACAGCAGCAGCAGCAGCAGUAGCGAGGAUGUCUCUGAGAAGUCAUGUUUAUACCUUUCGCAACCCAAUGUUCAGUUCCACGUUAUUCAAAGACAUGCUCAUAACUCAUGCCCGGAGUUUUGUCGACAACUGGAUGAUUUUGAGAGGCCACCGUCAAGACUAGAGGGUCAAGGCACCCAAGCGCGAGCCCAUGAAUUACGCCCCAAGGUUGACAAAAGCCGAUACCGGCAUCAUUUACGUGUCCGUAAUAUUGUCACAAAGCAAUUCCGGUCUCUUAGACAGAGGAUUCGACGCUCAGGCUCUUCAACAUUUUCUGUUCGAUCCGAGUUUCCUGCUCCACGGCAUAGUAAAGAACGCCGGCUCUUGGCUCGGGACUCCAUGGGUACUUGGCCGCCAUCUGGCGAGGAAAGCCCAUUGUUUAAUACUCCCGAGUCUAAUGCUACUAACGCCAAACGUAUCUCUCAAGACAUUGGGCGUCACAUCGACCCCUUGGCUAUGGCUAGUGUGAUGAUUGCCACGGCGGAGCUUGACCGGCUCUCAUCGAGGAGGAGUCUUGACUUACUCUCUAGAACGUCUGGCUCAUCAACGUCAACGGGCGUAUCGGGAAAUUCUCCUACUUCGCAUACACCAUUCCAUAGUGGUGUCACGAGUCCUAACAAUGAGAUAUCUGCGUCAACCUCCACAGCUCUUGAUAUGCCUCCAACUAUUCCAUUCAAUACGCCCUUGUCGUCGGAUCCACAAUCUGGCGUUAUAAGCCCAGUGUCUAAAUCGUCACGGCGGCGUGGAAAACGACGAAGGGCACAGCGCAGUCGUUUAUCGGAAGUUACAAUACCAGAUAAUAUUGCGUCACCAGCGGAGUCUGCCGAAGAGUUCAAUGAAGGUCUUCCAAUUUCAGUUACUCAUAUUGAAACUCUACCAGAAUGUUCAAGUAUGCCCAGUAAGGGAACCGAGGAAAGUCUCUAUCCUAAGCCAUUAAUAAUCAGCCGCAGCGGUCAAGAAGAGUCUAAUUCAUGUAUUGACGAUACUUCAGAAUAUGCGCAAGAAUAUUUCCCUAGGUCUGAACCUCUUGAGCCUGUCCUUCUCCCAGCUGACUCGGGGAACGAACUCGGUACCUUGCAGCGACUCUCGGGUUCUUUGGCUUCGGAUAUAGAAGACGUGAUUCCGGCUCGAGUCUCAUCAACUGGCGAAAUGUCUAAGACUGGUGACGAACCAUUGCUACCAAAUAUGCCCCUUGGGCUUGGAUAUAAUUUUCUAAUGCCGACUGCAUCUUCCAGCCUAAUAGUACCAAUAACGCCAAGAGAAACAUAUAAUACCUACCCAAGCUCUACCGCUAAUAUAGAAGGCGAUAUCUCGGCCGUAGGGGCUGUAAUUGACUAUACAGUAGCGACAGGUCAGCCAGAUAAAGUAGCGGAACCCGAUUCCUGCCACCCAGAUACCUAG